GGGGGCUCCUGUACAGCAGCUGCGUGCGGUUCUGGCUGAAGUGGGUCGUGAGGCUGCUCACCGGCAAGUGCGAGCUGCAGCGCGUCCUGCACGGCCAGAAGGAGGGGGCGCGGAGGACGCUCGGCAUCGUAAAUCUUGCUGACCGCUGUUUUGAAUAAUGAGCCUGUUUUCGGCAUUGCACUCAAGGAUGAUCGAAAAUCUACGUAAAUUAAGCCUUUCAGUUGCUUGAUAUGGAACAUUCACUGGGAUCAUCAAAGAACAAGGUUUUAAGAAAUGCUCUACACGUUGAUGAAGCUGAAGUGGAGAAGUGUGUCAGAGAUGUAAUGAAAGAAAAGAAAAUUGAACAUAAGGAUAUCAGGUUUAAGACAAAUCUGCAUAUAUCCUUACUGCAGAUAACAGGUUACAAAAAACUUUACUUGAAUGUGGAAAAUCUGAGGAAGGUCCCGUAUGAUUCAGAUAAUGAAGAACAUGAGGAACAGUUAAUUGAGCUUUGGAAUUUGCUGAUGCCUCAUGAAAAUCUGAAGGCCAGAAUCACCAAGCAGUGGUGUGACAUCGGCUUCCAAGGUGAUGACCCCAAAACAGACUUCAGAGGGAUGGGCCUGCUGGGAUUAGUGAAUCUGGUGUAUUUUAGUAAGCAUUACACCAAUGAAGCUCGUCAGAUUCUCUCUCGUUCAAAUCACCCUAAGCUGGGAUAUUCUUAUGCAAUUGUUGGAAUUAAUCUGACCGAAAUGGCAUACAGCUUACUUAAGAGUGGUGAUUUAAAGUCUCAUCUGUACAACGUGGUCUCUGGAUUGCCACAAAUGGAACAUUUCCAUCAAUUUUACUGUUAUUUGGUUUAUGAGUUUGACAAGUUCUGGUUUGAAGAAGAACCAGAAAGUAUUAUGCACUUCAACCAGUACAGAGAAAAAUUCCACGAAAAAAUUAAGGGUCUUCUACUGGAUCAUGAUGCGAUAUUAACCUUGGGAGAUAAAAAGAAACCUUAACUCCUCUGCAAUAUAUCAGGUUCUGCAUCAACAAUGGAAUUACUCAUUUGGCUGAAAGUUUUGUAAGUUUCACCAAAAACUGUAUAACAAUAGAACUUCUUUACAUAAAAAAAAUAA